AUGCAGAAAUACGAAAAGUUAGAAAAGAUCGGGGAAGGGACAUACGGAACUGUUUUCAAAGCUAAAAAUAAAGAGACUCAUGAAAUCGUUGCACUCAAGCGUGUAAGGUUAGACGACGACGAUGAAGGUGUACCUUCGUCGGCUUUACGGGAAAUAUGUUUACUUAAGGAAUUAAAGCAUAAGAAUAUAGUUCGUUUGUACGAUGUGUUACACAGUGAAAAGAAGUUAACCCUAGUAUUUGAACAUUGCGACCAAGAUUUGAAAAAAUAUUUCGACAGCUUGAAUGGUGAAAUAGACCUGGAUGUUGUUAAAUCAUUCAUGUAUCAGCUGCUCCGCGGACUUGCCUUCUGUCAUAGUCAUAAUGUUUUACAUCGAGAUUUGAAGCCUCAAAACUUAUUAAUAAAUAAAAAUGGAGAAUUAAAGUUAGCUGAUUUUGGUUUGGCUAGAGCAUUUGGUAUUCCUGUAAAAUGUUACUCUGCAGAAGUGGUCACAUUAUGGUACCGACCACCUGAUGUUCUUUUUGGAGCCAAAUUGUAUACUACUAGUAUUGAUAUGUGGUCAGCAGGAUGUAUAUUUGCUGAGUUGGCAAACUCUGGACGACCACUAUUCCCUGGGUCAGAUGUAGAUGAUCAACUAAAGAGGAUUUUUAAACUACUUGGUACACCUAAUGAGGACACAUGGCCAGGUGUGACCCAGUUGCCAGACUACAAACCACUACCAGUUUAUCAACCAAGCUUAGGGCUUGCGCAAGUCGUUCCACGUCUUCCUGCACGAGGAAGAGACCUGCUGGCUCGUCUGCUGACAUGUAAUCCUGCUUUACGAAUGCCUGCUGAUGAUGCAAUGACACACGCUUACUUCCACGACUUGAAUCCUUCUGUGAAGAAUGACAGAUGUUAA